AUGCAGAGACGGCCGCCACUGGAAAACUUCCGUGAGAGAAAACCGAUUAGCAUGCAUUAUCUCUUUCAUGCUGUCCUUGUUGCGAUUUUCUUUUGUAGCGUUCAUUCCGGUAAGCGCGCUUCAACGAAUGGUGCUACAGUUCUAGUGAGAAGAGUUAUCGAUUUCAAUACUGGUUUCACUACAGCAACUUCAAGAGAUGUGAAGUUUGUGGCGAAGAAUCAGGCAUCUUGUGAAUUGUCGUUGAUAUCACACGCUGAUCACGUACUGUCCGACGUACGCGACUCAAAAGUCUUGGCUUUGAAGAUGUUGCUUCAUAGAGGCAACAAGACGCGGUUUUUAGAAAACCUGAGAAAGGCUGAGGACUUACUCCGAGGGAAGGGCUGCCCAGCUGAAGCAGUGAAGCUCUCGCUUGGUACGAGCCUAGGUGGCUUUCGGAAAACGUAUUUGACUGCAUAUUUCACGAUGAAUCUGCCGGAUAUGAGCCCGCUUCCGGUUUUUUACGGGGUUAUCGAUAAGACAUGCCGAGUGGAGAUCCAAAAACGUACGAAGAGGUUGAUUUUGACGAACAGUGAUCUCUUUGAGCCUCCGAGUGUGGAUGCAGAUCCAAAUGCUGUCAGCAGCGUCAGCAUCGCGAUGAAUUUUGGGGCUAAAGGAAUUGUUUUGGAUGUCCGAGACGAUGCCAAACUGAAUACGCAUGGCCUGCUAUCGUGUACUGAAUCCCAGGAAAUCAGUCCACAGUUCAUUCCCCUUCGUAGCGAUGUGCUUGUCGGUGAUAUUCGUACAAUCCUUGUAAGCCAUGAAAUAGGUGUGGAGCGGAACCGUGCUCGUUCGUUCAUGGUCAUUGGUUUUCAUUCCUCAGACUUUCCGCAAUAG